CCACUCCCACUUUCGACAAGCUGCACCUCGAUCAUGGCGCGCCAGCUGCUUGGACCUAUCGGCUUUGUCCUUGUCAAUGCCUUCGCAACUAGAGAACCUCUAGUUUCCGAACCCGGAGAAAUAACCAGCAUCCCAAAUUGGGACAUUCAGUCAUCAUCAGACGUCCCUCUAGACCUCGCACAGCUCUCGAAGCCCGGGGCCGACACUGUCUCGUGGCAUCACAUCCCGACUUCGCGAUGCACCCUCAUGGGAUGUCUCAUCGCAACAGGUGUCUACUCAGACGAGGACUUAUGGUUCUCUGACAAUUUGGAAGAAUUCAAUUGGGAACAAUUCACAGUCCCUUGGGUCUAUCGUCAUGAGUUCUCCCUUGAGCCGGAGAAGGGGCAUCACUAUCUGUUGCAGACGAAUGGCAUCACUUCUCGAGCCGAUAUCUACUUGAAUGGCGAGCUUGUCGCAGACAAGGAAGACCAGAGCGGUGCAUACUCGGGGCAUGAGUACGACGUGAGCGAGUCGGUAGGCAAGGAGAAUGGCCUGCUCAUCCAAACGUAUCCCACCAAUUACUAUACCGACUUGGCACUUGGUUUCAUCGACUGGAAUCCCACACCUCCUGAUAAUGGGACUGGCGUCUGGCGAGAUGUGCUCGUGAGACAGACUGGACCAGUCGCUCUUGGACCCUUGAGCGCAUUGGUGGACAUCUCACCAGGCAAGGUGACACUCCGCACAACAGCCAGAAACUUGGAAGAUAGAGAGAUCAAGAUUAAAGCAAAGGCUGUUAUCAAUGAGCCCGAUGAUGGGCCCACAACCACUCUGAAUCAGACCAUCACCCUGAAACCCGGUCAGUCCAAGGUCAUCGAAUUUGAGACAGAAUUCGACAAUCCGAAGUUAUGGUGGCCAAAGCAAUGGGGCCUCCAGCCGUUAUACAGCGCUCGAGUGUCUGUGACUUCUAAUUGCGAGCUCUCCGAUCGCGUGGAGCGCUCCUUUGGACUUCGCACCAUCACUUCGGAGCUCAAUGAACACGGACAUAUCAUGUUUCGUGUCAAUGGCGAGCUAUUCCAAGUCCUGGGCAGCGGAUACAGCGCAGACAUGUUCCUGCGAUUUGAUGCCGAACGGUUCGAGAACAUUGCCAAGUACAUGUUGGACAUGGGCCUGAACACCAUCCGACUCGAAGGAAAAAACGAGCAUCCUGAGUUGUAUGAGAUCACCGACCGACUGGGUCCCAUGGUCAUGGCUGGCUGGGAGUGUUGCAACAAGUGGGAAUCUUGGGAGUACAACCCCGACCUCACGGUCGCCAUACCUGACUAUUGGGAUGAGCAAGACUACAAGGACGCCAACGCAACGAUCCGUCACGAGACAUCGAUGAUGCAAACUCACCCUAGUAUGCUCGCUUUCCUGAUUGGCAGCGAUUAUUGGCCAGACGAUCGAGCAACAGAAAUCUACGUGGAAGGGCUCCGAGGUGGUGGCUGGCAGCUCCCCAUUGUAGCAUCCGCGAGCAAAAGGGGAUACCCCGACCUCCUUGGUCCCUCAGGUAUGAAGAUGAGUGGUCCCUACGACUGGGUGCCGCCCAACUACUGGUACGAUGUGACGCUAGCUGAGGAUCGCUACGGUGCCGCCUUUGGUUUUGGAUCCGAGCUGGGUGCCGGUGUAGGCACGCCCGAGAUCAGCAGCUUGAAGAAGUUCUUGUCCGAGGAAGACAUGGAGGAUCUCUGGAAAAAGCCAGACAAGGGGCUGUACCACAUGUCGACCAACGUGUCCCAAUUCUACGACCGCAAGAUCUACAACGACGGUCUCUACGCGCGCUACGGCAAGCCCACGAGCCUGGAGGACUACAUCCUCAAGUGCCAGGUGGCAGACUAUGAGGCGAUCCGGGCCGAGUAUGAAGCCUUCGCGGCACGUUGGGGGGCGGAUAAUAAUCCAGCCACUGGAAUGAUCUACUGGAUGUUGGUCAACGCGUGGCCGAGUCUUCAUUGGAAUCAGUUUGAUUAUUAUCUGCAUCCUGCGGGUACGUACUUUGGCACCAAAAUUGGUGGCCGCAUUGAGCAUGCUGUCUUUGAUUAUCACAGUCGGAACGUGUGGCUGAUCAACCGAUCACUGGAUAAGAAGGGGAAGAGAAGUGUCGUUGUCGAUGUUGUGGAUUUGAAGGGCAAAAAUAUCUCGAGUGAGACUUUUGACGUCACGACGGAACCCAAUACCGGGGCAAAGAUUGAUCAAAUAUCAGGGAUAGAGGAUCAGAAUGAUGUCGUCUUUGUCAGACUGCUGUUGCGGGACGACGAUAAUGAUGGAGAGGUCCUCAGCCGCAACGUAUACUGGGUUGCACCCUCGGUCGAUGAGCUAGACUGGGGAGAAUCGACUUGGUAUCACACGCCUGUCACCAAGUACGCCAAUUACCAGUCUCUCUUUGCAAUGGACGAGGCUUCGCUGGGAGUUUCAACGGAGCAGAAGGGUGGAACGUGGAGCGUUACUUUGGAGCAUACCUCCGGUGGGCCAGCCUUCUUCGUCCGUCUGAAUCUACUCGAUGAGCAAGGCGAAGACGUCAAUCCUGUUCUUUGGUCGGAUAACUAUGUCACUUUGUGGCCGGGAGAGUCUAUGGUACUUGAGGUCGAGGGUGAUGGGGGUAAGCGUGUGAAGGUGGACGGAGGAAAUGUCAGGGUGACCGAGCUAACGCUCUAAGCAUGUCCAUUGUUACUGCGAUAGGGGCUACAAUCAGUCUCACGUGCAUGGCACCGCCUAGAAUUAAGAAUUCUGACUCACUAUCCUACUUGGAAUGCUGACAUAGUCGUCUAGCCGAUCUCUCGGCGAGGUGGACGAGCUGUUCGAGAUUGAAGUCAAAAACCUGGUGCACCCCAAAGAGGGAGACCGCCAUAGAUUGCCCCUAGCUGCCUGAAAGCAAGAAGAUUGAUGAUAUUGUUUGGUGGCAAAGCCUUCGCUGAGAUUCCAGC